GGAUCAUUUUCCGGUUAUGUUUGCCAAAGAUGUCCCAGCACAAAAUUAUGUGAGUCUUAAUAAAAAAAGACAGUGACAAACAGAAUCUGUGGACCUAAACAUGAAAUUGUACUACAAGAAUGAUGAAGUACUACCAUUACAGAAUACAAAACCAAAAUCUGCAUUCCUUGGUUUGGUGCAGUGGACUUGUAUGCUGAUUGCUGGCACAUUAGCAUAUGGAAGUUACACAAUUUUUGUCCAUCUAUGCGAGGUAGAUGGUAGAAUUCCCUUCAGUUCUGCAUCAUCGACUCUCAUGAUAGAAACAUCAAAGCUUGUGACUUCAUUGGUGCUUUACUUACAACAGACAUCAUGUAAACCAAUCAGCAUUCCUAAAUUUACAUUAUGGCUUCCAUUCUCAAUACCAGCAAUAUUAUAUGCUAUAAAUAAUAACAUGGCAAUACACAUGCAGUUACACAUGGACCCUACGUCUUAUCAGGUUCUCAGCAAUAUGAAAAUAGGUGUUACAGCAGUAUUAUAUAGAAUCAUUAUAGGCAGACGUUUGUCUAAGAUACAAUGGUUUGCAUUAGGAAUUUUAACAAUAGCAGGGCUUUUUGAUAGCUAUGGAGGGUAUUCUAGUCAAUCACGGUCUGUAACAGAAAUCCAUAUAACCCUGACUGGGUUAAUUAUGAUGAUCUCAUAUUGUUCUAUCUCAGGGUUCGCUGGGGUCUACUCUGAGUAUAUUCUCAAAAGACAUAUCAAAAUGUCCCUUCACUUACAGAAUAUGUUGUUAUAUAUAUUUGGUGUGUGUGUCAAUGGUAUAAUUUGGUUUAUACAUGAACUAAGUAAUCCAGAAAUAGAGGAUAGAUUCUCAUUGUUUAGAGGAUAUACUGGUUUAACAGUUGUUAUCAUUUUAUCACAGGCUUUAAAUGGUUUGAUCAUGUCUUCCAUAAUGAAGUAUGCUAGUAACAUUACACGACUAUUUAUUAUAUCCUGUUCAACAUUGAUCACAGCUGUUCUGUCUGUACUAGUGUUUGGUACAACGUUAAAUAUGUAUUUUGUUAUGUCUGCUGUUUUAGUGUGUGUUGCUAUUUAUAUUUUUUAUAUGAAAUAGACAAACAAAUGUUUUUUAAUUAUUUAUUUAUUUAUUAGGUAAAAAUCAGUUAAGUUUGUAUGUUGUUUUUGUUUAGAUUGACAUGUUCACUAUUUCAAAUUGACUCAUAAUGUUAAGAAAUGCACAGGGCCAAGAAAUAUAAAUGAAAAACAUUAAGAGUUUUAUCUGAUGACGUCACAAUUACGUCAUUAUAUGUACUGUUUUCACGAAACGAUGAAAAAUACAGAAUUUAUGCAGUUUUCUAUCUCUAUUUCCGUUGUGGAAACAUCUUGGGCAGCCAAGAAACAAAAAAAUAAUUUAACAGAAGCUUUAUUAUAACUAUUGAUAUAAUUUCACCAAAUAUAAAGUUGUUUCUUGGAUGUGCACAUACUUUUUCAAUCUAAAAUAUACUUUCAAUUUGAUGAAAACAAAGAAAAUCACAAAAUUUGGGAAAAUAUGCAAAUUAAAGCUUUAUUUGUUGCCAUGGUAACUUUUUCAAUGACAAAUUUGUUUUGUUUUUCUUAAUACCUUGUAUCUAAGUCAAGUUUGCAGUAGUUUAAAAAUAUGUAUGAUAACUUAAAAAUUUGCAGUAAUUUUGGGCCAAAUAAGGGCCUUAUUGCCCCUACUCCUUUGCAUAUCUGUUAAAUCAUUUGCAAUUUAGGAGAACACCAAAAAUUAAUUAUUUAAUACUAAAUUAGGGUUGAGAUAAUGUUGCCACUAUUGUAAGAUUAAAGUACUUUGUUCAUCUUUUAAAAAUGGAAAAUUUUACAGACCAUUAUAGCUCAUGAUAGUUCACUGUAUUAUACAUGUCUUCCUUUUACAAUUGCUCAAUAUAUUUUUUUAUAUCAAAAAAGAAAACCAUUGAAUAUAGGGUGUAAAAUUAUCUGCAAUAGGUAUCUAGACAUUACUGAAUUUUAAUACAAAAUAAGUAAUAUAUGAAAACACUUCUUAUUAUUUACGCAGUUGAUGUCCUAAAGCAAUAUGGAUUGCUUGAGAUCAAUGUUUAUGAAAGUGGGUCACAGCUGUUUAAUUUAUAUUUGUUGUAUAAUUGUGUGGGGAUGUUGUUGUAGUUAUUGCUGUCUAUUAUAAUAUGUCCUAUAGAAAAACUUUAUGGGUUACAUAUAUUUAUAUCUAUAUUUUGAAUAAGAAAUCCAAAGAGUUUUGUUAGAUAUAAGCAUUAUACCUUUACUACUGUUAUUUCAGAAAUUAAUGUGAGCAUUUAUUAUUGCACAUUAGCCAACAAUGGGAAGUCUAAUUAAUGUGAUUGCAAAAAGUUAUAAAAUUACUUCUGAAAUUAUGAAUGCAAGUAUGAAUAAGAAUAAAGAAUAAAAUUGUUUAUUAUAGUGUCACAUAUUGAUUGAAACAAGGCAUUCACACAAUAUUCAUAUACAUACAAACAACAAUCAUUAUCCAGCCAAAAAAACGACUUAUAAGACACUGAUCCUAUUAAUAUUAUAGGGUUAGUGCAUGAA